GCUGCCACCCCACACACACACACACUCCACUUUUUAUAAAACCCCAUAAAUUCAACAAACUCUUAUAAAUGGCUUCAUCAAAUAUAAACCAUAUACUAUGAUAUAGCCCUAUAAAUAUACCACUCCUUAAUAAGAUUUCACCACAUAUAUUAAAUUAAAUUAAAUUUAUUAGUAUUCAUUUUCAAUGCCUCCGCAGCUCACCGAAAAGCUUCACAUUCCCAUUCCCAUCCUCCUCUUCCUAGCCCUAAUUCCGGCCUACGCCGCCGCGCCGUCGUCGAAGAGCCAGUUCCUGGCGGUGCAGAACGCCGCCAGGGCGGCGCUGCGGCUGCCGCCGCUGGCCUGGGACCGGCGGAUAGCGCGGUUCGCGGCGUCGUACGCGCGGCGGCGGCGCGCGGACUGCGAGCUGCGGCACUCCGGCGGGCCGUACGGCGAGAACAUCUUCUGGGGCAGCGGCGGCGCGUGGACGGCGGCGCAGGCGGCGGCGGAGUGGGUGGCGGAGCGGCGGGAGUACAGCUACCGGUCGAACUCGUGCGCGGAGGGGCGGCAGUGCGGGCAUUACACGCAGAUUGUGUGGAGGGAGACGGCGAGGAUGGGCUGCGCCAGAGUCGUGUGCGGCGGAGGUAGGGGCGUUUUCGUCAUUUGCAACUACGAUCCGCCCGGGAAUUACGUAGGGGAGAGGCCUUAUUGAUGAACUUUAUAUCAUUAUAUAUAUAUAUGCUUACAAAAUUUUAUUAUAGAUAUAGAUAUAUAAUUUAAUUAUACAUACAUAUAUAUAUAGUUUGUAUUUUGGAUUUUUUUGAGUGGUAUGUAACUUGUGUGUAUAGGAAAAUAGUGAUUUGUAUGCAAAAAGAGAAACGAUGUUGAUAUUAUGAUUUAUUAGUUUGCAUGUUGUAUGUAUUUUACGACAAGAUAUAUGUAUAAUACACGAGCAUUCUAUUUUCGUGAGAA